UUUACAAUGGCAUUCACCAAUAUCCAGCUCCCCACCCUAUCUGGGGAAAAUGUAUUCACCCGUCCUCUAUCCCCAGCGGACGUCAAAUCCUGUGUGAAUGUCGAGAGUGCAUUCGUAGAGCGCGAAAGAUGCUCAGAGGAAAAGUUUGUAUAUCGCCUCAAACAAACCCCUAACCUCUGUCUCGGCCUCUUCACCAGCACCAACAACGAGGCACAACUCAUCGGCCAUAUCAUUGCAAACAGAUCUUCCGCGCCAACCAUCACGGAUGGAUCUAUGCAGAUGCCGGAUAACUGGCAGUCUCUGUCUGAAGAUAGUACCGUUGUUGUAGACAAUCAGGUUAUCGGUAAUGACCCUCGAGGUGCCAAUGUUGCCGUUCAUUCCGUUGCUAUUUCACCCGAGUAUCAGGGGAAGGGGGUUGGGAAGGUUCUUGUCAAGGCUUAUGUGGAGUAUAUCCGCAGUACAGAAGUGGGGGCAGGGCAGAUCAUCUUGCUCUGUCACGAUUAUUUGAUUCCGUUUUAUGAGAGUGCGGGGUUUGAGAACCGGGGGAGGAGUUUGUCUCAGUUUGGGGGUGGAGGUUGGUUUGAUAUGGUCUUGGAUCUAUAGUCAUACGGGGUCUGAUACUUUGACGAUAUUAGUACUGAUAAUCCCUUUUCAUAAUACAACAGAAAGAGUUAUGUACAUAGACACCAUCUCAUCAUCAACCAAUGACUCAGAAACGUCCAUUAUCUCAUAGUAAAGAGGACUAUCAACUAACUAUGGCUAAAUGUAUCCUUGAAAGCUCCCUAUGUAUUGAGGACAAGACAUUCUAUCGAUGAAACAUUUAUCUAGGCAGUU